GUUAUCGUCACCAGAGUUCAGUUCAUCUGAGCUGAAGAUUAUUCGUGAAGAAUGUAAACUCUAUAAAAACAUCAAAAUCAGCCAAGGGAAAAAGGGACUGUCACUGAGUAAGGUCAGAUUAGUACACGAGCUCUUUGAGUGUCUGAAAUUGAACGGUGGAGAAACGCAGCGAUUUCUUCUCAUCCCACCGACACCGGCUGAUGAGAGUUUUCUGGAUGAUGUCAGCGUUACCAUGGUUUCAUGUAGAACACUUCGAAUUCACCCCUUGCCAGAAACCUCAGAUGAAUUCCAAACCAGACUUGAUUUCAUUCUCGAAAAACUAAAAAAAUCUCUCACAUUAAACAAACUUCUUGUUCCUGUUGAAUUAAAAUCUGAAGCAAGAACCGUCCAUUAUCUCAGUCAAAAGCACAGGUUGAUAGUGAAAGUCAAAAACAAAAAUCUAGCAUUUAUUGUGCGAAAACCCAGAGGAAAGGAGCUGAAGAUUUAA